UCACAAGCUCUCUCUCUCUCAGCUUGUACUUUAAACCCAUUCUCUCUCUCUCUCUCUCUAAAACCCCAACAAUGGCUUCUUCUUCUUCAUCAACCCAGUUGAUACUCUCACUCUUCUUAGUGGUCUCACUCUUCCAAGUUUCACUGGCUUCUUCUAGGUUGUUCCAAGUCUCCUUGGCAACAAGGAGGCUCAGUGAGCUUGUUCAAGACCAGUCCCAGCUUCUUAAGUACCAUAACGGUCCUCUUCUAAACGGCAAAAUCGCCAUCAAUCUCAUCUGGUACGGCAACUUCAAGCCUGCCCAGAAAGCCAUUGUUUCCGAUUUCAUCACCUCCUUAUCUUCUUCCUCACCGGCCCAAUCAAACAAGCCCUCCGUCGCCACCUGGUGGAAGACCACCGAGAAGUACUACCACCUCACCUCCAAGAAGUCUUCUCUUUCCAUUGCUCUCGGGAAACAAAUUUCCAACGAGAAAUACUCGCUCGGAAAGUCCCUCACCAACAAACAGAUUGUUAAGUUGGCUUCUCUGGGUGACCAGAAGAACGCAAUCAACGUGGUCUUGACUUCAGCCGAUGUUGCCGUCGACGGGUUCUGCAUGAACCGGUGCGGUACCCACGGGGCUGCAUCGGGCUCAUCUCACAUCCGAGGCAAGAACUACAAGUUCGCUUACAUUUGGGUCGGAAACUCCGAGACCCAGUGCCCGGGACUCUGCGCCUGGCCCUUCCACCAGCCCCUCUACGGCCCACAGAGCCCACCGCUCGUUGCACCCAAUAACGACGUCGGCCUCGACGGUAUGGUCAUCAACUUGGCGAGCCUCUUGGCCGGAACAGCAACCAACCCUUUCGGAAAUGGGUACUUCCAGGGUCCGGCGGAGGCUCCAUUGGAGGCUGCUUCGGCUUGUCCCGGGGUUUAUGCUAAGGGGGCUUAUCCCGGUUACGCCGGAGACCUCUUGGUGGAUGCUACGACUGGUGCGAGCUACAAUGCCAAUGGCGCCAAUGGAAGGAAGUACUUGGUUCCUGCUCUGUUUGAUCCAUCUACUUCAACCUGUUCCACUCUGGUCUAGGAUGAACUAGUAGUUCUAAAAUAGUAGGGAGUAGAUAAUAUUAUUCAUUGAUUUGUUUAAGUUCUUUGGAUUUGUGCGGAUAUAAUAUUAUAAAGUACUGCAAAUCGUUUUGAUUUGCAUCAGAAAAUUUUCUGCCUCC